AUGCUCCCGCGCUCCUCAUCUCACAUGAAACACAACAUGGCACCUGCUUGCCGGGGUGUUGUUGUGGUAUGCCUCUCAUUUCUGUAUUUAUCCCGUGCUAUAUUUUCCACUGAACACUUCUCUACACUUACUUUCUUUAAUAGCGAACUGCAUAAACAUGGUUGCAGCUCCCCGUCAGAGUGGGAGGAAUACGCAAGUGAUUGCGAGUCCUCCAUUCUACAGUUGGACAGCCCAGACUGUGAGGAAGGAAGCAACCCGCCAUGCGAGUCUGUCUUCUCUCUCAACGCAGAGAAAAUCCUGAGCCAAGCCAAAUUGUUCAUAGAGCAGAAAAGAUUCCCGUUUGCAGUGGACAACCACAACACAAAUGAGGAGCUUGCUAUAGGAUAUGUUCUUAUUGGCAAUGGACUCUACGAUGAGGCCAUUAAACACUUCUCCUUGUUACUACAGGGGGAUCCAGAGGUGGUCAGCGCCAUCUACGGGAGAGGGAUAGCAUACGGGAAAAAGAGUCUGCAGGACAUCAAGAAUGCAGACUUGGCGCUGUUCGAGUUAAGCCGAGUUAUCACUCUGGAGCCCAACCGUCCUGAGGUGUACGAACAGCGGGCAGAGAUUCUUUCUCCUCUUGGAAGGAUCAGUGAGGCUCUGAGUGAUCUCUCCAAAGCCAUCCAGCUCCAGCCCUCCGCCCGCCUCUACAGACACAGAGGAACUCUGCUCUUCAUUUCCGAGGAUUAUGUGGCAGCUAUGGAGGAUUUUCAACAGUCUUUGGAUCUGAAGAAAAACCAGCCCAUUGCCAUGCUAUACAGAGGUCUAACCUUCUUCCACAGAGGAAUGCUCAAGGAAGCCAUUGAAACAUUCAAGGAGGCCCUGAAAUUAAAAUCUGACUUCAUAGAUGCGUACAAAAGUCUCGGACAGGCCUACAGGGAGCUGGGGGACUUUGAGGCAGCCAUGGAGAGCUUCCAGAAAGCCCUGAUGCUCAACCAGAACCACAUCCAGUCUCUGCAGCUGAGAGGCAUGAUGCUAUACCACCACGGCAGCCUCCAGGAGGCCAUCGGCAACUUCAAGAGAUGUCUACAGCUGGAGCCCUACAACGAGGUAUGUCAGUACAUGAAGGGUCUGAGCCACGUGGCUAUGGGGCAGUUCUAUGAAGGCAUCAAGGCUCAGACGAAAGUCAUGUUGAACGACCCUCUGCUGGGCCAGAAAGCAAGCUCGGAGUAUCUCAAAGUGAAAUACCUCAGAGAAUACUCUCGCUACUUGCACUCACAUCUUGACAUACCUGUGGCAGAAUACAAUGUUGAUCAGGAUCUUCCAGGAAACUUCAAAAACCACUGGGCAAAAAACCUCCCUUUUCUAAUAGAAGACUAUGAGGAGCAGCCAGGACUGCAGCCUCAUAUUAAGGAUGUUCUACCUCAGAACUUUGAAAGCUACAACACUGAAGUUCAGAAGCUCAUUUGCACAGCUGAUCACCUUGGUGCACUUAUGCAAUACAAUACACCAGGAUUUCUUCCAAAUCACAGAAUACACAGAGCUAUGGGUCUGGCGACCCUAGAGGUCAUGCAGGCUAUGCAGCGCACCUGGAGCAACUCAAAGGUGCGAGUCAAUGGCAAAACCAGGCAGAUGCAGUGGAGAGACAUGUUCGAUAUAGCUGUCAAAUGGAGGAGGAUCGCUGAUCCAGACCAGCCUGUUCUUUGGCUGGACCAGAUGCCUGCCAGAAGUCUCAGCCGAGGGUUCAAUAACCAUAUCAACCUCAUCAGAGGACAGAUCAUCAACAUAAGAUACUUGGCGUAUUUUGAGAAAAUACUCAACUUCAUCAAAGAUCGAAUAUUGGUUUACCAUGGGGCAUACAACCCAAGAGGCCUACUGGAAGUCAGACUAGCACUGGAAAAUGUGGACAAGGUGGAAGACCUUCUCCCCAUAAUGAAGCAGUUUAACGGUAAAACAAGGGAUGGCUUCACAGUGAACUCCAAAGUGCCUAGUCUAAAAGAUCCCGGGAAAGAAUAUGAUGGCUUCACGAUCACCAUAACAGGAGACAGAGUGGGGAACAUGCUGUUCUCAGUGGAGACCCAGACCACAGAGGAGCGCACUCAGCAGUACCAGUCUGAGAUUGAGUCCAUCUACAAAGACCUGACUGCCAAAGGCAAGGCUCUAAUGCUGUCCACUGAACUUGGGGAUGCAGAUGCAGUGUGUAAUUUAAUCCUCUCCUUGGUUUACUACUUCUGUAACCUUAUGCCCCUCUCCAGAGGGUCCAGUGUUGUGGCAUACUCUGUUGUCAUGGGAGCACUGAUGGCCAGUGGAAAGGAGGUGAUGGGCAGAAUCCCCAAAGGGAAGUUGGUUGAUUUUGAAGCCAUGACAACACACAGUCCUGACAGCUUUAGUAAAACAGCUAAAAACUGGAUGAAUUUAAAGAGCCUACCAUUGUGGUACCAGAGUCUUCCAUCGGUAGCAGAAACGUUCCAGACGACUAGAACCAUGAUAGAGGUCCUCAACACGGACUCGACAUCACACUGUCCAAAGAAGUCCUAACACCACUUAUCCUGAUGAGAAGAAGGGCCACUUUCCCUGUCCACUCUCUCUGCUCAUAGUCUCUCCGGCCAAGCUCAACCCCCAAAGCACAACGUCUGUCUAAACAUGAUUUAUGGGAACUCCAUGUUGUUCAGAUAUGUAUGCAAUACCAGCAAAACCCUAGUAGGGUCUAGUAUGUAAAAGCUAAGAAGCAUAAUUGAUUUGAAUGGGAGGUAAUCUCGAUUGUGAUUGGCUCUAAAAUUCUAACUAUUUUCUUUUUAAAAACUCUGUCUAUAAGCAGAGAAAGUGGGGGAGGAGAUUCUAAGAUAUAAACUUUCCUUCAGGGCUAUUCUAUUCCACUUGGGAUACUUGAACAUUUUAGAAAACUCAAGCAAUCUUUUUAUUUAGUCUUGUCGAUGGUGCGAUUGUGGAGAAUGUCACUCUUUGGCAUUGCCUUUUUUAGUAAUUUAUUUUAACUUGACCAAUAAAGGGCAUGAGGCAGGGUUGGUUUUAGGUUAGGUCAAACUUGUUUUGGGGAAAGCACACAAUAGUCCUCUGGUCUUAUUUUGAGACAUCUGUUUCUGUCUUGUUGCUGUUUAUUUGUUCCUUAAAAUGUUUUUAAAUCAUUAAUAAUGGUAUAUAAUGGUCUUACCCACACACAACAUUUUAACAAAUGUUCAGGGAUACAUUAAGGGGAGUUUGUUCAACUGCUCUGAAGAACAUCUUCAUGUGAGGACAAGCUUUGGUGUUCAGUUUGUAUGUUCCCCACUUACCCUUAAAAUUAAACCUCUUCAGGAUCGGACCCUUUUUUUAAAAAAUUUUCGCCUGAAAUGACAUACCCAAAUCUAACUGACUGUAACUCAGGCCCUGAAGCAAGGAUAUGCAUAUUCCUGGUACCUUUUGAAAGGAAAAACUUUGACGUUUUUGAAAAUGUGAAAUGAAUGUAGGAGAAUAUAACACAAUAGAUCUGGUAAAAGAUAAUACAAAGAAUGUUUUGUAUUAUUUGAAAUGCAAGAGAAAGGCCAUCAUGUAUUAUUCCAGCCCAGCUGCAAUGUAGAUUUUGGCCCCUAGAUAACAGCAGUGUAUGUGCAAAGUUUUAGAUUGAUCCAAUGAACCAUUGCAUUUCUGUUAAUUUUUGUAUCAAGACUGCCAAAAUGUGCCUAAUUGGUUUAUUAAUAACUUUUCAUGUUCAAAACUGUGCACUCUCCUCAAACAAUAGCAUGGUAUUCUUUCACUGUAAUAUCUACUGUAAAUUGGACAGUGCAGUUAGAUUAACAAGAAUUUAAGCUUUCUGACAAUAUCAGAAUGUCUAUGUCCUGGGAAAUGUUCUUGUUACUUACAACCUCAUGCUAAUUGCAUUAGCCUACGUUAGCUCAAUGUCCCGCAGGGGACCCACCAAUCAUGAAUAAGUUUGUGAAUGACAGAAUAAAUUAUGCAUUGCCUGCCUGAGUCCUUACGUAAUGAGCUCCAGAGGAUUAAAAGAAAUAACCAACAACAAUUUUCAGUUCUCUGCUUAACUUUAUUUCAUUUUUUGGCAGAACUGUUUUAUCAUAAUGUUUCCAAAUCAAUGUUAGUGCUGAAUGGCUGGAAGAUUUGUUUUAAUCUUCUUUUUUUGCACUGGGUGAAUUGGCUAUGUUUAUUGAAGCGCUAUGGUGGAUUUUUAAGCAUAUGUCCCAGCUUUGAAGUUUAAACUUGAAGGAAAGAAAUCUGUGGAGAUUUUAGGGAAUUGGGAUGUUCAAUGGUCAAUACAAUUGGUUGACAAAUGA